GAGAUUCGAGAGACAUUUGAAGCCGAGGCGAAAGAGAACCGCUUACCCCGUCUGUUGUUAACUGCUGCUGUUUCUGCUGGAGCCGAAAAUAUUCAGGGUGGUUAUGACGUGCCUGCUGUUGCAGCGUACGUCGACUUUCUCAACGUCAUGUCGUACGACUUUCACGGUAAAUGGGAAAAACAAACAGGUCACAACAGCCCCUUGUACGCACCUAGAAAUGAGACGAACUGGAGAAAACAGUUAUGUAUUGACUAUGGAGUAAAAAUGUGGGAGAAACUUGGUGCCCCCAAGGACAAACUGGUUAUUGGAAUGGCAACAUAUGGGCGAAGUUUUACACUUUCUGAUCCCCGAAAGAACAGUGUUAACGACCAGGUAACAGGCGGCGGAAAAGAAGGAGAGUUCACUAAAGAAGGUGGUUUUCUGGCUUAUUACGAG